ACCCAACCCUUAUAAAUAUAAUCACAGAAAAUUCAGUACCGUCUAUUUCUUUUUCUUGCAUGCAUGCAAAAUAUAGUAUUAAGUAUUCCAAUAACGUCUGAAUACGAUUUUAUAAUAAUGUUUCAUAAGUAUUUGUUUUGUAUCAUAAUAUGUAUUUUCGUACGUUAAUAUCAUAAUAUGUAUGUUAUACAAUUAUACCUGUAUAUAAAAGCUACUUAAUACAGCUUUAACAGUUUCCACAAGUUAUAUACAGGUAUAAGUAUAACCUAUGCUACUAUAUAUAUAUGUGUAAGUACCAAACCCUUCAUCUUUCACAUUUACACUUCUUCUUUCUCUCAAAAAUGAUGUUCGCCAAACCCUUAAUCUUUCUCAUGAUCUUCACAAGUUGCUUGGCUUUGGCUGUUGAUGAAUUUCCUUCAUGGAUCGAGAAGAAUUUCCUCCAAACUUCCAAGGUACUCAAGAUGAACGCCAACCUUGUCGUGGCAAAAGAUGGUUCUGGUGACUAUGUGACCGUAAAGGAGGCGGUUGGAGCUGCUCCGGAGAAUAGCCCCACGCGACUUAUCAUCUACAUCAAACAAGGGGUUUACUCGGAGAUUGUUGAGAUCGGGGUUGCAAAAACAAACAUCACCUUUGUUGGAGAUGGCCAGGAUUGGACCAUACUCACUGGGAGUCUUAACAAGAAAGACGGUGUUAAAACAUUCUUCUCUGCCACAGUUGCCGUUAAUGGAGACGGAUUUGUGGCUCAAGAUCUCUGCUUUCAGAACACUGCGGGGCCCUCAAAGUCUCAGGCCGUAGCACUACGUGUGAGUGCUGAAAGAGCCGUCAUAUAUCGCUGCCGCAUCGACGGUUAUCAAGACACUCUCUACGCUUUUAGUGGAAGCCAGUUCUACCGCAAGAGCUACAUCACCGGAACAGUUGAUUUCAUAUUCGGACAUGCGCCGGCUGUGUUUCAGUACUGUCAAAUAGUGGCACGAAAGCCUAAUCACGGACAGAGCAAUAUGGUGACGGCUCAGAACCGCGACACUCAAGACCAAAAAUCAGGAUUCACACUACAGCGGUGCAACAUAACCGCAAGUGCGGAUCUUUCUCCUGUCAAGUCAACGGUGAAGACGUAUCUUGGUCGUCCUUGGGGUGUUAUGUCAACAGUAGUUGUGAUGGAGUCAUUUAUCGAUGAUCAUAUCGACCCUGCCGGUUGGUAUCCAUGGGACAUCGGCAAAGAACCUUCACCUUCUAUAUACUAUGGGGAGUUUGGUAAUUAUGGCCCUGGAGCAAACACAAGUGAACGUGUGACAUGGAAAGGAUUUAGGGCAAUACAAGAUCCAAAGGAAGCUGAACGGUUUACAGUUGGUCAACUGAUACAUGGGGAGUUGUGGCUGAAUACUACUGGAGUUCCGUAUGAAACCGGUCUCUGAUCACUUUAUAGUAUAAGGAUAUAUGCUUAUAAUAUGCUUACUUUAAUUGUUUACAAUAUAAGCUUAGUUGUGGCU